GUAAAAAUGAAAAUCAAAAUGGCAGACAAUGUUCCUGUUGCGAUAAUAAGAAGAAAUAGACCUGGAACUAAGGCGAGGGAUUGGGGAAAUUGGCAAGAUGAAUCAUUUGAAGAAAUGGACAGUACCCUAGCAGUUCAACAGUUCAUUCAGCAAGCCAUUCGUAAAGAUUUUAUGAAUAUUGAUGAUAUUUUAACACCACCAGAAGGACAAGAUGAAGGCGUUUGGAAAUAUGAACAUUUAAGACAAUUUUGUAUGGAAUUAAACGGGUUAGCAGUAAGAUUACAGUCUUCAGAAUGUAAUCCUGAAACUUGUACCCAAAUGACAGCUACAGAACAGUGGAUAUUUCUAUGUGCAGCCCAUAAAACACCAAAAGAAUGUCCUGCUAUAGAUUAUACUAGACAUACACUAGAUGGUGCUGCCUGUUUAUUAAAUAGUAAUAAAUAUUUUCCUAGCAGAGUGAGUAUAAAAGAAUCAUCCGUAGCUAAAUUAGGAUCUGUAUGUCGACGAGUUUAUAGAAUAUUUUCACAUGCUUACUUUCAUCAUAGGGCACUGUUUGAUGAAUAUGAGAAUGAGACGUAUUUAUGUCGGAGGUUCACAUCAUUUGUUACUAAAUAUAACUUAAUGUCAAAAGAUAAUUUAAUCGUACCAAUAUUAGAAGAUCAACAAUCUAUAGAGGGAGAGAGCGAAGCCUAAAAUUAUCAAACAUAUAGGAGAUUUUACAAGCUAAUUCAAAUUACACACAACUUUGGUUCCGUUGUUUUAUUUUCAAUUUAGCCACUGCAGUUAGGGUCUGAAGACAGGUCUCUUGAACAGUGUCUGUUUGAUGACAUCGUCAGCCAAUCAAAUUUCUGCAACACUCGGAUUUUGUUACAAAAGGUACAUUCAGCUUUUGUUCACAUCACAAAAUCCCAGCGUUGGAGAGGGCAGACAUUUGAGUGGAUGGCAGUAUCAUCAAACUGACAAAUGUUCAGGAGGGCUGUCUUUGGACCUCAACUGAUGUGGCUACAUUAUAAAUAAAAGCUAAUAAAAAAAGGGAACGAAAGGUUUGAUCAAUCUGCUUAAAAUACAAACCUAUGUUUUGUUUUGCAGUUCUUUGUGAUCUGACUUAGAAAUUAUUUAAGUCCUGUUCAGUUUUUUCUAAUUUCAACUAUGACAAAAUAAUUCCCUCAAAGGGACAGGUUCGCCAUCUGUUUGACCAAUUGUCGUUUAGUCUCAAAACAGGAAUUUUUUAGCUAAGCUAAUCAGUAAUAGUGUUCACAGUUCACUGUCGAUUUCUAGUACUUCUGAAGACUUUUUACAUAUUUUCAAGACCU